AGACUUGUCACUGACCAAUUCUCAAUAACUCUCAAAGUAUCAAAGCUCUCAAGACUUGUCUUUUCUAAAAGUCUCUAAGCAAACUCUCUUGACGGCCAAACAACAUGUUUACCAUCAAACUCAAUAUAUAGGAACACUCCUAUGACCUACUUUUCUAAGUAAGGAUAAACCCAAAUCUUCUAAUAAAUACGAUAAUAUCUUGUUCUCCAAUCAAGUAAUCUUCAACCAUAAUGCCAUGUCAUCCAAUAUCCAUAAUUCCUUCAAGGCGCGAAACCAUCUUCCCGAGUCCUACUUCACCAUCUUGUAGCAUAAGAAAUCUUCAUGCUUUCAUAACACCCCCAAGUUGAAAAGGCAACAACAAAGAAACACGGCAUGCGUGGUAGUGGUACUUUGUAAUCAUCAUAAACUUUGAGGGCUGUUUCGUAACAUGGAUCGUACAUAAAACCUCAAAACACCGUUCUCUUUCAUUCUCACCUUCAUCAUCAUCUCUCUCUCUCUUUCUUCUGUUUCUUUGAGGAGAUGAGAACUUUAAAGACUCAAAGCACAAGUGGGAGAAGAAGAUGCGACAAGCUCAAGAGUAGAAGGGCACAUGUGUUACACCCGUGCUGCGGAAAGGGUAGUAUCGACGGAGGGGAGAAGGUAACGGAGAAGCUCCGAGCGUUGCAGAGCCUUCUUCCUGCGCCGGCGAAGCUGAGUGAGUCGGAGAAUGUAGGUGGUGGAGAGACGGAUCAGCUGUUUCAAGACACGGCGGAUUAUAUCGUCCGGCUUAGAACACAAGUCGUGGUGAUGAAGAAACUGAUCGAGAUUUACGACAACGCCUCUGAUCAGAAGAGAGAAAUUGUUUUAUAAUGUUCAUUUAUAUUUUUAAUAUUUCUUUAGUUUGAUUAUUUCAAUUUUUUUUUCCUGUUAUGCUUAUUAUAUUUGUGAUCGAAAUGUUUUUUUGUUACGGUAGUCAUGAAUGUGUAUAAUGCUUUGAUUUCAAGAAAGAAGUAUUGACAAAACUGAUAACCUU